AACGUUUCCCCGGUCGCAUCCGGAGAUUCCCAUCCGGACCCGCCGCCGGCACCCGAUCUGCUAACCAAGAAGACCACUUUGACUAGGAAAACAAAUUAUAAUCUCGGAAAACGAUGACGGUGCCCGGAUCGGGGGUGGAUAUGUCCACGUUGAUGUCCCAACACCCGGUGCUCGGUGCCAUUCCGCCUGCGUUCUUCCUCAGAGCUAGCGAACGUUAUCAAAGAACACCAAAGUGUGCGCGGUGCCGCAAUCACGGCGUCGUCAGCGCGUUAAAGGGUCACAAAAGAUACUGCAGGUGGAGAGAUUGUGCGUGUGCAAAAUGCACGUUGAUUGCGGAACGACAAAGAGUUAUGGCAGCUCAAGUUGCUCUAAGACGGCAACAGGCGCAAGAAGAAAACGAAGCCAGAGAGCUUGGAAUACUUUUUCCAACACCAGCUAGUUUAGCAAGCGAGAAUCCUCCGGCGGAACUUAACGUCAGCCAACAGUUAGGUCAAAGAAACAACUUUCAAGGUGAUGCUGGAGGAAACGGUGGUGGAGAUCAUUCUGAACCAAGUAGUCCAGAUGCAAAAAGAUUGCGACGAUCCAGUGAAGAAUGCCUACCUGAAGACUCAGAAUCAGACCAUGAAGAUAUAAAAAGACCAAUUAAAACAUCAUCUCCACCUUCACAAUCUCAAACCAUCUCCAUGACAACCCCUUCUCCAGAUCCAGCAAUUUCCCCGGAUCCGGAUCUUGACGUUGAAGAAGAAACCGAAUCGGAAGCACCUGAAAAUCUUUCAUUAAAAAAAGCGUCAUCGCCGGAAGUACCAAUGCAACAACACCCGCCAGCGAUGCUUCAUUAUCCUCCCUUUCCUCAAUUUCAUCCAUUUCAACCACAAUAUCAACGAUCGCCAGUUGAUGUCCUUUUGAGGGUGUUUCCAGGAAGGAGGAGAUCAGAUGUUGAAACAAUUUUGCAAAGAUGUAAAGGUGAUAUUCUCCAAGCAAUGGAAUUGAUGGUGAGUGGUUCAACUGAAGACAUGGCCACACCUUCUGCGUUUUCACCAUUGGGACCUCCCCCUUCCUAUCAUCGUUACAGUCCAUCAAGGAGGUUUCUGUCGGCACCCUACGCCGGAACUGGUUAUUUGCCGACCGUCAUUAGACCACCUAACGAAUACCAUAUGUCGAUGAUACCACCCCAUGAACUUUACCCUUCGGAUAAGACAUCAUCGCCAGGUUCAAAUGCGGGUUCCGAUAAAACAUCUUAUUCCGAAUAGCCGAGAUUUUACUAAUUUCAAUUAAAAAUCGUUUAGUUUUGAAAAAUAAAAAUUGAGUUGAAAUUAAUCCAAUGAUUAUUUGCACGAACUUGGCGAUUCGUUUCGAAGUGUCUGUGAUAUAUGAAUUAAUUUUUACAAGUUACUUUUAAGGGAUCGACCGUGUCGACGGCCACAUCAGAAUUUAAUUAAAGCGAAUACACGUGAUAUGGAAUAUUGAGUUUGUAUGGGGAGAUAGAGAGAGAUUUCCCAUUGAAACGGCGACGUUAUUGGGGCUGUCCGGGAGCGCCUAUUGUGCUUCUGUAGCUACCAGAUUCGAAUAAAUUAUAUUGUAAACAGUAAACACGGAGGACGUGUGCUCGUCUCCCCGGGGGCCUAUUGAUUACAAUUUCACCCUGGCGACCUCUCUACACGGGGCACCCUAAUCCUUUUUAGAUUGAAUUAAUUUAUAUCCUACCCACUGUGCUUGUACGAUUUCCGCAAAUUGUAAUAAAAAAUAUUUAAAUGUAUCAGCCAAAAUUCUUGUACGUUCGAAAAAAUAUAAAAUUAUUGUUUGUUUUUGGUAGAAAUUUGAAUGGAAAAGUGUGUAAUUAAGGAUGUAGUUACCUUUGUAAAUAUUGUGUAUAUGAUCGUAAUUAAGCCAAAACGUGUAUUGGUUUAAAAAAUAUAUUAAAAUAAGUAGAAUAAAAAUAAUGAAAUGUUCGUACAUUUAGGAAGAAAACUUGUAGAUUUGUAGAAGUGUUAGUGUAGAGAAAAUAAUAGAGUAGUUUGUAAGUGUUGAUGUGUAUACGAGUUAAAUUAAAAAUAUACUAUGAAAAUAA